GCCUCCUCUCCUUUCCCCCUCAGCGCCUCUCUCUCACCAUCUUUCCCCUUAGUCCCGGUUAUCCCAGAGUUCAUUCUGGCCGGCACCACCGUUCCGGCCAAGGGGGAGGAGGACUUCCUUACGCUGGCCGCCACCCGGCUCAGCCGCAGGAAACGUGUCAUCGGGGCAGGAGUGGGCGUGGCCAUGGUGCUGGUGCUGCUGGUUGCCAUCCCCUUAUUGGUUCACACCACCAAAGGGGGCGCGUCUGGGGGCGGGAGCACCCAUUAUGAGAUGCUCGGCAGCUGCAAGAUGGUGUGCGACUCUUUCACCCCCCCACAGGGAAGCCACGAGCUGACUGCUGUCUCCCCCCAACCCCCAGACUUCACAGGGAGAAGGGGCAAAUCUGGGUUUCGUGGGAGCCCUGGACCCCCUGGCCCCCCAGGCCCCAGAGGUCCCCCUGGAGAACCAGGCAAGCCAGGCCCCCCGGGGCCUGCUGGCCCUGGCCCAGGGGGCUAUGUCCCCUCCUUCUACAGCCCCAAGAUUGCCUUCUAUGCAGGCCUCCGUAAACAGCAUGAAGGGAGUGAAGUCUUGAGGUUUGACGAUGUGGUGACCAAUGUGGGGAACUACUAUGAACCCAGUACUGGCAAGUUCACCUGCCCCCUGCCUGGCAUCUACUUCUUCACCUACCAUGUCCUGAUGAGGGGCGGAGAUGGCACCAGCAUGUGGGCCGACCUGAAGAAGAAUGGACAGGUGAGGGCCAGUGCCAUAGCCCAGGAUGCUGAUCUGAACUAUGACUAUGCCUCCAACAGUGUCAUCCUGCACCUGGACGUGGGGGACGAAGUGUGUGUGCAGCUCGAUGGGGGCAAAGUCCACGGAGGAAACACCAACAAAUACAGCACCUUCUCUGGCUUCCUCAUCUACCCUGACUGAUGGCAUUCAUGCGUUACACAUACACACACACAAACAUACAACCACACAAACAAACAAUCUCCCAGGCAAACAUAUACAGCACCUUCUUCAGGAUUCUCAUCCAACCUGAUUCUCUAACCCCCCCCCUCUCUCUCUCUCUCUCUCUCUCUCUCUGUUGCUAAACACACACAUUAUUUAAAGAAACAGAUGCAGUUGGAAAAGGAAAAUGUAUAUUUUCUCUGUGUUUUUUAUGUCUAUAAAAGUUUGGAUAGUGGCCAAAACAUAACAUUCCAAACCAAGUGCAGUUAGAAAGCAUCUAAUGUGCAAGUGUGUAUAUAGAAAUGUUAAUUUAAUAUAAACAUCCAUUCGUUUGUCGUGCUGCAGCACCCUUACUUCCCACGGCUAUGGGUCCGCGGAGGUACUGCAGGGGGUCCGGUUCGCCUGCAGGUCUAAAGAAAGUAUAUAUUUUACAUUUCAUUUUUUAUUUUUUAUUAAUAUUACUGUGUUGUGUAAUUCUCAUGAUAUCCCUGAAUCACAGAUAUUUAAAUUAAACUAGCAUGUAAGUAUGUGGUGAUAAACAAGAAUUAUGUCAAGACAAAAAAAUAUAUAAUCUUGAUAUUGUGUAUAUUCUUAAAGUUACAUACACUCCCCUCCAAAUGUAUGUGGACAGUGAAGGAUUUUUUGGUAAAUCCAGCAUUUUAGAUUUGAGAUAGAAUGUUGAGAUAGAAUGUUUCAUGUAAGGCGACAGUGCAGAACAUCACCUUUUAUUUUAGGCUUAUUUUCAUACAUAUCCGUUUUACCGUUUAGAAAUCAAAGCACUUUAUGUAUCAAAGCACUUUAUUUAUCCAUUUGAAUAAGUCAUAAGUAUUUGUACAAAUUCACUUAUUCUGUAUUAAAGUAGUCAAACGCUAUAAGUAUUUGGUCCCAUAAUCCUUGCACACAAUGACUACAUCAAGCUUGUGACUCUAAAAACUUGUUGUAUGCAUUUGCGUUUUUGUGUGUGUGUGUGUUUUGGAGAGAGAAAAUUGCCCAAUAGGGACUAGAUACAAAAAGUGUUUUCAUUUCUUAGCGGUAAAAGAGAUAGCCUAUGCAUGAAAAUACCCUCAAAUAAAAGAUGACAUUCUGUACUGUUGCCUCAUAUGAAACAUGUGUUCUCAAAUCCAAAAUGCUGGAGUAUAGAGUCAAAUAAAAAAAUGCAGCUUCACUGUCCAAAUACAUAGGUAUGGAGUGGAGUGUGUAUAUUCACUUCCGAUGUACACACAAUUGUGUAUAUGAUCAGGUAUGUGGAAGCAUACAUGACUCGCAUGCAUUACACACACACACACACACACACACACACACACACACACACACACACACACACACACACACACACACACACACACACACACACACACACACACACACACACACACACACACACACAGAAAUGCACACACACACACACACACAGUGAUUAAUUGACUUCCCCUAUCUAGUGUUGCAUUGACAGGGGCUGACCAUUUCGACCACCAGUGUGGAAUUGAGUAAAAUGGUCUCAGAAUGCAGUCUGUAAAUCGAACACUUCGAGCUUGGCUGCGGGGCCUCCCGCCUCCCUUCUUCGCUCCGAGAUGGAUUUCCAAUACGGCUGAAGACACAAAACGAGAAAAGUCAUGAAUAUAUUGAUUGGAGCUGAUAAUACACGCAACAUCACGAACAUCAUCCAGUAUGGUGUGUGUGUUGCGUGUGUGUGUAAAGAUAAGUAUCAUGUUGUUAGUUUUACCCA